GGAAAACAAUACAGACAUACACAACUGAAUUAUUAGUACAUUUUUAUAGAUAAGUAGUUCGAUGAACUCAAGAACUCAAUAAACAAUUCUCAGUACAGUCUCGGCACUCGGACAGUGAAAUAUAGUUGUGAGUAUUUAGCCGUCGAUAAAAUUAUUAAAAAAGAUAUAUUGAGUUUCCACCAUGCUGAUAUUACUGUUGCUGGUUGCGUCACCAGUUUUCGCUGACAACUGCUCGGACCUGUUCGAUGGUGUCCUGUAUUCAAGGCGCUCCAUCCUCACUAUCAAGGGCCUACCAACGAACCUAGCUUACAACCAGAACAACAAAGACUUACAUUUCACUGUCAUAGACAUCGAUUCUCUACAAAACGACGACGUUCAAACUAAAAUGGAUCAAUACGUCUUAGCAAACGGGCAGCCGAUCAAAAUCGACGAUAUCAACGGCCAGGCGGCGGCCGUCGAUAACAAAAAUAAUAGAGUUUACAUAGCGAGCGAUGACGGACUGGCAACACUGAAUGCUACGUACAAAACAAAUUUCCUAGCUUUUAAGGACGAGGACAUAACAAUGUUGUUCAAAACGACAAACGACGAUAAAUUGUAUGCGGUUUUGUUCCCAGACAGCGAAGUGUACGAGAUAGAUUUACAACGCAACGAAAAGAAAAGAAUCGAGAACGUGCCAUGCGCUUUCAUCCUAGCAGUGGACGAUGCUGAGAAUAUUUACUAUGAAUGCGACUCUAAAUACGUGAAGGUUCUGCUGAAGGAUUACGUGGAACCUAUAGAAUACGUAGGUCUCGCCAAAAACGCAGCCAGAGCUAUGACGAUUGACGACAACAACAGAGUUAUUCUAGCUGCCAACGACGGCUUAUAUUGGUUACAACCGGACUCGCUCAUACCGAAGAAGCUGAUGAAUCUCGACUUUGUACCCUCGGGUGUUGUCUUUAAUGGUCACAACUUGUUUAUAUCGACAAGCGGUAUCAUUUACGAAUUUAAUUCAGAAGACUGCGAACAUUGAACAAUAAAUAUUUUAGAAUAAUAAAAAAUGUUUUGUGUCUUUAUAUAAAAGAAAAUACAACCAUACUUAAAAACAUCUACAAUGUCACAGAUAAGAAAUAUGUAAAGAAAAUUUUAUAUAAUCUGUGGACACGACCCACAAGUACUCAAAUUGGUUUUUAUUAUAAAUUAUAUAUACAAUUACACAGGUAAUAAAUAAUCGCUCGUAUACACACAAAUUAUUAUUUAUUUAUAAUUGAAAUUUUUGGUUGAAUAAAAAAAAAUUAUAGAGAGUGUAGAAAGUAAAUUAGUAUCGCACUAAAUGUAUUAUAAAAUAAAACUGGUUUUACGGACUCAGUUAGAUUUCCGGACGAGACGUCACGAAUAGUGAAAGUCCUAUAGCGAUACGUUUAGUUUUUACCGAUUUCCUAAAGAAGUUGGGUAAUGUUUAUGUAUGUCUGUUCGUGUGUUACAACUGCAAUGUAAAAUAAAUCAAAUUUGACAAACUA